CUUGAGCUCACAACACAGAGAAUUAUUAUUUCUUUAUUCUUCUUCAGGAAUAAGCCAGAAGCAAUAUGUCUGGAGUUAAAGGAGGUCCCCACAAGCAACCUGCUCAACAGACCACUGUACAGCCAGCUCCUCAGCCAACUCCUCAGCCAACUCCUCAGCCAACAUGCGUUCCAACACCAGCUCCUCAGCCAACUCCUCAGCCAACAUGUCAAUCAGUUCCAACACCAGCUCCUCAGCCAACUCCUCAGCCAACAUGCGUUCCAACACCAGCUCCUCAGCCAACUCCUCAGCCAACAUGUGUUCCAACACCAGCUCCUCAGCCAACUCCUCAGCCAACAUGCGUUCCAACACCAGCUCCUCAGCCAACUCCUCAGACAACAUGUGUUCCAACACCAGCUCCUCAGCCUGCUCCACAGCCAACUCCUCAGUCAACAUGUGAUUCAUCAAAGCCAGCUCCUGUUCCUCAUCAGCCCUGCCAGCCAGCUCCCCAUCCUGCCCCUCAGCCAGCUCCACAGCCUCAACAAGUCAACCCUGUGCCUGUUGUGACACCAGCACCUACUCCAGUGCAACCUCCUAAGGGUCAAACCAAGACUGGAGUUAAGAAAUAAAGACGCUUUGUGAACACGUCUGAGGACGGAUUGAACAAGCUAUAAACAAUAUAUAAUAAUUAUAGCUUUGUAUUGCAUGUCUGCUGAUUAAUUUCAUUAAAUUAUGUUGUGUGCAACUCUGUAAAGAUAGAGCUCACAGCUCAUUAAAUAAAUCAUAUCGCUGCA